CCCGCGGGAACAAGCGGCCAGAAGAGGCGGAGAAGCGCGAGCAGUUGCUGUUGUUGUUCCUGUCGUCGUCUUCGGCAAGGAUCCAUCUCGCUGGGCUCGGCAGGUCUUUGUAUGAUGAAUCUUUUAUUAUGGCCAAUGACACUUUGGAAGGUUUUCAUGAAGUGAAUCUAGCUUCACCCACUACUCCAGAUCUUCUAGGAGUGUAUGAGUCUAACACUUCUGAACAAACUACCUCUCCCACAGUCAUCUACCGGCUUCAUCCCUCAGCUGUGUGCUCCACACCUAUUCAGCCGAGUGCCCUGAAUGUCUCUGAUCUCCCGACACAACCUGUCUAUUCAUCUCCCAGGCAUCUAAAUUGUGCAGAAACAUCAGGUAUCAGCAUCAAUGUUACGGAAACUGUUCCUUGUUCUACCUCAGGACCCCAGGGUGGGUUGUCCAAACACAAUAAUUCCAGAAAAGAAAGCAGUAAUGCAGAGCGAGAAUUUUUGCAGGGCGCAGCACUAACGGAGUCUGGUGAAGGAAGUGAUGAUGUUUGGGGGCUGAGCACAGAUAGCCUGUCUCGCCUGCGGAGCCCGUCUGUCCUGGAAGUACGAGAGAAGGGCUAUGAAAGAUUGAAGGAGGAACUUGCCAAAGCACAGAGGGAGCUGAAACUAAAAGAUGAAGAAUGUGAGAGGCUUUCUAAAGUGCGUGACCAACUUGGACAGGAACUGGAAGAACUUACUGCUAGCUUGUUUGAGGAAGCACACAAAAUGGUGAGAGAAGCUAACAUAAAGCAGGCCACAGCAGAAAAACAACUGAAAGAAGCACAAGGAAAAAUUGAUGUCCUUCAAGCUGAAGUAGCAGCCCUGAAAACAUUGGUGCUGUCCACUUCGCCAACCUCGCCUACAAAAGAGCCUCAAUCUAGCGGGAAAACACCCUUCAAGAAAGGACAUACAAGAAACAAGAGUACAAGCAGUGCAAUGGGGGUCAGUAACCAGGACCUCGCCAUGAUGCAGCCGAUUGAGAAAGACUGCAAAGAGGUUGACUUAGCUCUGUAUAACGAAUUCAAAUCCUGGAAGGAUGAUCCCACUAUGGACCGGGCAGGCCCUUUCCUGGACAAAAUCUAUCAGGAAGAUAUCUUUCCAUGUUUAACCUUCUCAAAAAGUGAGUUGGCAUCUGCCGUCCUUGAAGCUGUGGAAAACAAUACCUUAAGCAUUGAACCAGUUGGAUUACAGCCUGUUCGCUUUGUGAAAGCUUCUGCAGUUGAAUGUGGAGGACCAAAGAAAUGUGCUCUCAGUGGACAAAGUAAAACAUGUAAGCAUAGAAUCAAGUUGGGAGACUCAAGCAACUAUUACUACAUUUCCCCUUUCUGUAGAUACCGGAUCACAUCUGUAUGUAACUUCUUCACAUACAUUCGGUAUAUUCAGCAGGGGCUUGUGAAGCAGCAAGAUGUGGAUCAGAUGUUUUGGGAAGUCAUGCAGCUGAGGAAAGAGAUGUCGUUGGCAAAACUUGGAUAUUACAAGGAAGAGCUGUAAUGCUACACUUUGGGUGCUUGCAUGAACUUCCAUAAAUGUACAUAUUUUCAGAUAGGUUCCAAAUCCCUGUCACUUGAUAUUUAUUUUGAAAUGGGUCCAAGACAUCUCCGUCUGUGCAAAUUGCACUAUCUGCUCUUUUAAUUCAACAAAAUGAUCGUAUGUAAGGAUGAACACUAUUCCAUUUGAAGUGAAGGCAAGAGGAUUUUCAGGUGUACUAGUGAUUGUAACUUAUGAUUGAGAAACGCUAUACAAGAGUUGUAUUCAUUUUUGUGUUCUGGACAGUUUAUAAUGUAGGAAUUCAGCAUAAUAAAAAUUAAUUCAAGUUGGA